AUGUUGCAAGAACUACAAAGAUACCACCCAAACCAAAUCAAACCAGAUAUACAACGCCUCUACGGGGAGGAAACAUGUAAGCAGUAUCAACGACUGGACAAAAUAAGGAAGCAAAAAGCGCACUUACUCGCCACUUUAGCGUUUCUGUGCCGCUGCCGGGACACCAACAUCAUACCAGCAUUCCUUAGACAAAAACGAAUUCUCCAAUCAGUGAAGGCAAACAGGAUCUACGUCAGGACUGAGAAAGCUUUUCUCCGGGAAAGAAUUCACCACACUCGUCAUAGCCUUGCGAAGACGGACGAGGAACUUCUUGGCCUGCACUUGACACUGGGCAACAAGAUCGAACAACAGAAUUGGGACAGAAUGGAUGCAAUCUCACAUUCCAACAUGAGGAACGAACUGGACCGCACAAAGGAGCAACAGAUAAGGAAGUACGAGAAGUUUGCGAAAAAACAAGCGCCCAAAACAGCAAGCCUAGACAGUGAGCGACUCGUGGUUAAUAUGACGGACAGAGUACUCACGGAGGUGGAGAGAGCAGUGCUAACCAAAGGAGGGAACUUCGCAAUUACUCCCCGUCACAUUCCGAUUGAAGAGAUCAUCUCCAGCACGGAAGCAGCCAUCAAGAACCUACCGGACCAAAAUGCCGAAGAGAUACGAAUCGAGACAGCCAACAUCCUCAGGAAGGCAAAACCACCCAAGACUAACCUGACGAGAAGUGAAGGACUGGCACUGCGUAGCCUGAACACGGAUGAGGGUAUCAUCAUACUCCCAGCGGACAAAGGAAACGCAACCGUUCUUCUGAAGACCGAGGAGUACGAAAGGAAGAUUGAGGAACUCUUGGACCCGGGAAGCUACAAACCCCUGAAAAAGGAUCCGACGCAAGUUAGACUACGUCUUACCAACCGGCUCAUCAAGUCAUCAUCACUGUCAGAAGAAAUCAAGAAGCGCGACGGAGACUGUUCCACCAAGGCUCUAUGGACUACCUAA